UUAAAAAGCCCUCUCGGAUAAGACCACACGUUCACUUUCUCUCUCUAGGGUUUAAAAUCAACUGCUCAAAUUAACCCCCUUCUCUCUCUAAGCUCGUAAUCUUGGAUGUAACAUGGUUGGGCAUUUCUUUGAUCAAACCAUAGUUCAUGAUCUACAAAACUUGUUAAUACCGCGUCUUCUCUUGAACUGAACACAUGGUUCAUACUGAGCAAGAGAACAACGGAUGUGCUGGUGGUAGUGGUAAUGGGAGUGGAAUAAUGGCGUUCAAUGUUGAUUUUACUGCAAAUGGCAGUGCAAUUAAAGUUGAAACUAGUGGUACAAAUUCCACUGGGUUGGAUGGCUAUUCUUUGCGUACAUACAAGAGGCGAAAAAGUUUGAAAGCCACAGAGGGUGGGAAGGGUUUGGAAGAUUCAGUGAGUCAAAUUACUGAAAAGUCAAUGAACCCAUUAUUGGAUUCAGUUCCGUUCACGAAUAUUAAUAUGCAAGUUAGUGAUUCUCAGAAAGUACCAGAUGCUCUUAUGAAUUCCUAUGAUUGCUCACUCAAGCAACAGAGAAAUUAUGUUCUGGAGCAAAUAUGUCAGUCAUUAGAGAGUGAAGGCGGUUUGAAGAAAUGUAUCCAAAAUGCUCUUUUGUUUCAUCCGGGAAGUGGUAGCUUAUCUACUCUUAAGUUUGGUCCACAGGACUCUAUUCCUUCUGAAAAUGGGAGCAAAUGCUCCUUGCCAAGUCGGUUUGUACGUGAUGAUAUCCAGAGUGCAGCUCCUGGCAGUGUAGGUAAAACAUCCAGUGGAUCAGUUAACGAAUCAAAUCAUCGCACUGGCACAGAGCUCAGUUGGAGCAUGUUUUCCGAUAUCAUUAUGUCAGAAAAAUUUGCCCAACUAUGCAAUUUACUGCUUGAAAAUUUUCAAGGAUUGAAGGCUGAAAAAUUAUUAGAUUUGAGUCUAAUAAAUUCUAGGAUGAAGGACGGCGCAUAUGAAAGCUCACCAGUUCUCUUCUAUUCUGACAUUCAACAGGUGUGGAAGAAGCUCCAAAAGGUUGGCACUGAUAUGAUAACUCUUGCAAAGUGCCUUUCAGAUAAAUCAAAUACUUCUUUCCGUACACAGGUAGGCAGUUCUGUACACGACAUUCCUGAGGAUUGCAGGCAUGAGUUUCUUACACAAGAAUCUGACAUGCAUGCUAAAGAGGAGCAAACAGAGGCGUGUCCUACCUUUGAAGUCGGCACAUGCAGAUGUUGUGGAGAGAAGUCGGAUGGAAAAAAUAGUCUAGUAUGUGAUUCGUGUGAGGAAAUGUAUCACAUCUCCUGUAUUGAGCCUGCUGUUAAAGAAAUUCCACUCAGAAGUUGGUAUUGUCCCAACUGUACGGCAAAGGGGAUUGAAUCGCCACACGAUGACUGCAUAGCUUGCGAGAGACUGAAUGCUUCCAGAUCACCGAUUGAUGCUGAUGGAGAAGAUGACCUUGUGGAUGACGAAGCACCUCAAGAACUGGAGGAUAGUUCAAAUGAGAUAGUCGGUGACGAACUUCAGCUGGUGGAAAGGGGUGAAAGGUUUCAAAACUGCAAGGUUUGUGGAGCCCAGGUUAGAAAUGAUGAAGAUUAUAGAAUAUGUGGCCAUUCCUUCUGUUCUCAAAAGUUUUUCCAUGUGAGAUGCUUGACUGGUAAGCAGUUGAAAUCUUAUGGUCCAUGCUGGUAUUGCCCUUCUUGUCUGUGUAGAGCUUGCCUCAGAGAUCAAGAUGAUGAUAAGAUUGUCCUAUGUGAUGGCUGUGAUCAUGCAUAUCACAUCUAUUGCAUGCAGCCUCCUUGCACUCGCAUUCCCAAAGGGAAAUGGUUUUGCAAAAAAUGUGAUUCUGAUCUCCAGCGUGUGCAGAGGGCGAAAUGGAUGUACGAGAAUACACAAAACAAAUCUAAAAUGAGAGCUUCGGAUGGAACGAUAAAGGGCGAGGAGGGUUUGGAUAAAGCUGGCGGUGUUGACAUGCUUUUAAACGCAGCCAAAACUCUGAUCUAUGAGGAGAAUCGGGCGGCAAUGGGGUUGAGUAGUUAAAUGAAGUAGCUACCUUUUUGAAGAUGAAGAGCCUAACCUUGACUUUUGUUUGAGACAUGAGUUCCUUGUAUCUGUAGUUUUAGUGUAGACCAAUAUAUGUUGCUUCAUCAUAUAGUUGACUGAUAUUUUUACGGAUUGAUAGACAGAACUGACUUUGGUGGUGGGAAUGAUAUCUGCUUUCGCUCGACUGAAGAAUCCCAGCACAUUCUGUCUGGUAUAUUUGUAUGAUAACAGUUGUUGAAUUGUUUUAGGCUUGUACUCUUUUACAGUAGAUACAAUUUCCCCCCCUUCAUGUUAGGAAGGUUUUAUGAAGAGAUAUGUUUAGUAUGUUGUAAAAUUUGAUUACAGUAUUGAAGUUUGGAGUAGUUCCCCCCUUGAAAAUUAGGCCAAGAGAAACAUUUAUUCCCCCCAAUGUUGGGAUAUUUGGAAACAUUUCAAGAUAUUCAAUUAGGAAUCUUGUUUUUUUUGAAAGCAAGUAUUGUAA